CAAUAGGCACGCUCUCCUCCUUUUUCAGAGCAUUGUUCGGAGACGCGCGGCCGAUUCUCGUUCCUCAUUGGCUGACGCGAUCCGUAGCUUUCGAUGCACUCGUGACGGCACGACGGCAACUGCACACUGGUUUUUUAUUUGUGACUGCACGGCUUCCGGCUCAAGAGUAUUUAGGCCCAGGGUUCAUACAAAUCGUUAAGGAGGAGCCGCCAGCUGUUCAAACUGCUCCAGCUGCUGUUGAAGAUGAAUUUGAAGCGGCUACCGGGAGCGACAGUUCGCAAACGGCAAGCAGCCGCCGAGACCUUGAAUGUGUUGGGGAAAGUGCCCGUCGUUACGAAUGCGAGAUGUGCCACGAGGUCUUCAACACCGAUCAACGCCUGCUCCAACACUCCGUAGCGCAUGGACGCGAGUGGAAGUUCUGGUGCAGUCACUGUGGGGCCAGCUUUCCACGAAGCGAAGAUCUGUUGGAGCACGGGAGCACCCACGUCGACAAACAGCAGCACCGCUGCUUGAUCUGCUACAAGUCCUUCAACCAUGCGGCCCUGCUUCGAAAGCACGUCUGGUUUCACACUGAGCAGCCGACAUUCUACUGCCACCUGUGUCCCAUGGUGUUUCCCACGCGGCAGCAGCUGUCAAGGCACCUGCGCAACCACGAUCGGCGUGCCCCCUUUGCAUGCGACCAGUGCGAUGCCGCUUUCGUCUUCGAGGUGGAGCUGACGAGGCACAAGAAAGGGCACGAGGAAGUUCGGCGUCACAAGUGCCCUGAGUGCAACAAGGCCUUCCUCCAGAAGUGCCACCUGGCUCAGCACCGAAAGAUACAUACAGGGGAACGGCCGUUCAGCUGUAACAUCUGCACGAAGAAGUUUGUGCGCCGGACCCACUUGGCUGUACACAUGCGGAAGCACGGUGAUAAAACUUAACUUCCAGCCAUCAGACUCCUAGGCUUCUGCAGCACACAUCUUUGGUCAAGAUUUAAAUGUCCACUUCAGCAGUUAGUGCCUACCGGAUGUGGUCUGUGUAAACAUCUCACGGAAGUAAAGGCAUUGGUUACAUA